CGGGGACUGAGCGCGGCCGCGGCUGCAGGAGGCGGAGGAUCAGCAGCAGCAGCAGCGGGGCUGGCUGGUUUUGGCUGUACUAAUACUGUGGCUGACUUGGUGCUUUAAAGAUUUCCCUUUUCUCAGUUUGCUUACUUGCCUAUCAGACAUUAUGAGGAGAUUGGCUUUUCGUGGUGCUGGUUGUACUCUGGUAAAUCUGAAGAAGUUGGAUUCCAUGAGCUCAAAGAGGCGAAGGGCUACCUCUCCUUCUAGCAGUGCCAGUGGAGGAGAUUUUGAUGAUGGUCACCAUUCCACAAACACACCAGGUCCAAGUAGGAAGCGGAGAAGACUCUCCAACCUCCCAACAGUUGAUCCUAUUGCUGUUUGCCAUGAAUUAUACAACACAAUCAGAGAUUACAAAGAUGAACAAGGAAGGCUUUUAUGUGAACUUUUCAUUAGGGCCCCCAAAAGACGAAAUCAGCCAGAUUACUAUGAAGUAGUAUCCCAGCCUAUUGAUUUAAUGAAGAUCCAACAAAAGUUAAAAAUGGAGGAAUAUGAUGAUGUGAACGUCUUAACUGCUGACUUCCAACUGCUGUUUAAUAAUGCAAAAUCCUAUUAUAAGCCAGAUUCUCCUGAAUAUAAGGCUGCCUGCAAAUUAUGGGAUUUAUAUCUACGCACAAAAAAUGAAUUUGUUCAGAAGGGAGAGGCUGAUGACGAUGAAGAUGAGGAUGAAGGCCAUGACAAUCAAGGGACUAUAUCUGAAAUAUCUUCUCCAGGUUAUUUAAAAGAAAUUCUUGAACAACUUCUUGAAGCAGUAGUUGUAGCUACAAAUCCAUCAGGCCACCUUAUUAGUGAACUUUUUCAGAAGCUUCCCUCUAAAGUGCAAUAUCCUGAUUAUUAUGCAAUAAUUAAAGAGCCCAUAGAUUUGAAGACCAUCGCUCAGCGGAUACAGAAUGGGAGCUAUAAAAGCAUUCAUGCAAUGACCAAGGAUAUAGAUCUAUUAGUUAAAAAUGCCAAAACUUAUAAUGAACCAGGAUCUCAAGUAUUCAAGGAUGCAAAUGCAAUAAAGAAAAUAUUUAAUAUGAAAAAGGCAGAAAUUGAGCAUUCAGAACUAACUAAAUCAAGUCUCCGAGUCAGGACUGCAAAUCUGACUGCUUCCAAGCUAACAAGUCCUUCCUCACAGGGUAAAGGCAGUGUUGUUGAUGAAAGAAAUACUGCUAAUAAAUAUUACCGUAACAAAAGAGCUGUCCAAGGCGAUCGUUUAUCAGCAAUAACCAUGACACUGCAAUAUGGAUCUGAAAGUGAUGAAGAUGCUGUUUUAGCUGCUGCUGCCCGUUAUGAAGAAGGAGAAUCUGAAGCUGAAAGCAUUGUUUCAUUUAUGGAUACAUCCAAUCCUCUCUAUCAACUUUAUGAUACAGUUAGAAACUGCCGAAACAACCAGGGUCAACUUAUAUCGGAACCCUUUUUUCAUUUGCCCUCAAAGAAAAAAUAUCCUGAUUAUUAUCAACAAAUCAAAAUGCCUAUUUCAUUGCAGCAGAUCAG